UUCGUUUCGUUCAUCGUCCGCCAUAUUUUACUUUACUCCGUCGUAACCGUGCGUGCGUGCGUCUAUUAUUGAGUCACAUCUCCAGAUCUUAGCCUUGACAAUUAUAUUAAAACUGUGACAAUCAUGGGAGAUCGCAACAACCCUAUUAAGUUUGGACCUGCAUGGAUGCGUAACUUUGGACAAAUAAGUACUUCAGGAGGCUCAGCAAACAACAACCAAAACUCCACAAACUCAAGAGUUGCAACUACCACUGCUUCUAAGAUAUCCACAGCACCCACAAGCAGUGUUACUUACUCAGGGGCCACAAAUACCCAAGCCCAAUCUGGAGAGGGCACAGCACAAGGUUCUGCCAAUUCCAAUACAACAACAACAACAAACUCUGGAAAUUCUGGAAACAAUGAAUUAAUAUUAGCUGAAAUGCGGUAUGGAAGGGAAGAGAUGCUAGCUCUGUAUGAAAGAACCACAGAUGCACCUGAACAGUUAAAGUACUUUGAUCAGUUGUAUCAACAAAGGCGAAAGCCACCUGUCGCAUUAAAUAACACCUUUCAAGAAGAAAUGCAACGUGAAAAUACUCGAGGAGCAAAACCUGCUACUACCAGUCGUAACUUGAACCGUGCAUCUCCCAAUGAGAAUCGUCGAACUCGCACACCAUUUCCUCGGAAUGCUUCAUCUGGAAAAGGUUUAUUAUGGAAUAUGGCCCAAAAAAACACAAGGCCCCCAACUUAUCACCCUACUUUUGAGGCUAACACAGCUAUACCCUGGGGGGGAAAUAAUGGUAACACACCCCAACCACCACCACCAAGACCUCACGUUGAGCAACAUGAAAGGUCUGGGACUAAGGUUUAUCGAAGACGUGUCAAUAAUAAUACUAAUUGGAGGCAGCAUUCACGAGAGGAAGAUGAAUGGCGGUCAAGGAAUCGUCCUAAUGCCGAGCGUGAUUGGGGCGAAAGACCUGUUCAAGGGAAACAGUCAACAUGGAAUAAUAACCGCAGCGGAUGGGUGGGGGGUGACACCAACAAUGAAGAAAGUCUCCCGGAGUGGGCCGUCGAAAAUGCUGUAGGAAGAACCGGUACUUUCGAUUCCACGGGAGCUUUUCAUGGCUACAGUAAUGACGACACAAAUUUACCUAAGACUACUGAGACAUCACCAUUUCCACUGGUACGUUCUUUAACUCAUGGGAGUUUAGUGCACAAUACAAAAACUCCUGCGAAUGGUUUUGAAGAUUGGUGGGCAUCAGAUAAAGCUAAAAAAUUAUCUCCUAACAAAUUUGAAACUAACGAUGUAAAGUUCAAACAGGCAUCAAAUAUGGGCCCAAGUGAGGAUAAUAUACCUACUAAAAUCAGUAAAGAGGAGAACAGACAGGAUGAUAGCAACAGUAAUGCAGAAGAAACUGAUAAAAAUGAAACAUCUGAGACAUCACCAUCUACUCCAGAGACUCAAAAUACUACCAAUUUCUCAGAUGACAUAAAAGAAGCAAGUCUGAAAACAAAAUUUGUUGAGAGCAAAACUUUUGAUGCUUUAAUGCGGUCUGAUAUCAACUUGGAGAAUGUGACUGAUGAUAGAGGAAACUUUCAAUCUGUUCUGAUUACCACUAACAACACACUACGGCAGAAACAUCAGAAUAUUGUUGCUUCAAAUGAAAAUAUGCAGAGGCAGCCCCGAAUGCCCGUCUUGCAACGCAUUCACUCUUUGGCAAAUGAAGGUGAUGCUGCUAAUUCCACAUCUAAAAAUCUUGUAGAAGAAAUGUUUAAUUUAACUGUGGAUGAUUCAAAUACAUCAACAUCGAGUGCUACAUCUACAAAUGCAAAUACUUCAGGCAACCAAACAGAUCUACAAACAUCUACACAAAUGCCAACUAGCAGCAUACCAUUACCUUCACCUAGACUAUCCAUGGGAGGUAUACAAGCUGGCGGAAUGCAAGCUGGCAACACGCCAGCUGGCGUCAUGCAAUCUGGAGGCAUGCAAGCUGGUGGUUUACAAGUUGGCAUUUUGCAAGCUGGGGUAAUGCAAACUGGUGGUAUGCAAGGUAUCCCUUCUGGCGGUAUACAAGCAGGAACAUUGCAAGCCGGAGGAAUACAAGCUAGCAACAUGCAAGCAGGCAAUAUGCAAGGCGGCGGGAUGCAAGGGGGCGGAAUGCCAGGCGGCGGAAUGCAAGGCGGCGGAAUGCCAGGCGGUGGGAUGCAAGCUGGCAACAUGCAAGGAGGCAACAUGCAAGGCGGCGGCAUGCAGGCUGGCGGGAUGCAAGGUGGCGGCAUGCAAGCUGGCGGGAUGCAAGCUGGAGGCAUGCAAGGCGGCAUCAUGCAAGCCGGCGGUAUGCAAGGCGGCGGCAUGCAAGCUGGCAAUAUGCAAGCCGGUGGUAGGCAAGGCGGCGGUAUGCAACUCCAUGCAGGCGUUGGAGGCCGUGGCGGGUAUGAAUCUGUGGGAAUGCAACAUAAUACAAUGCAACCAGGGGGAAUGCACUUUGCUGGCAUCCAUCCUGGUCAAUUACACACAAGUGGAAUGCAAACUGCACAAGCCAUACAACAGACCUUACUGCAACAAGCUGGAUUACAAUCUGCUGCAAUGCAAGGAGGGAUGCAACCUGGGGAACUGCAAUCAAAUAUGUUGCAGUCUGGAAGAGAUGGAAGCGGAAUGCAAGGAGCAUUACAGGCAAUGCAAGCAGCUAGAAUGGGGUCUGGCUUGCAAAAUGUCGGUGUACCAAAUCAAGCUUUAAAUACCGCAAUGGGUCUCCCAACAUCUGGAAAUGGACAAGUCAUACCGAUGCCGGGUGUUUCCAGACCAAUGAUGCAAAAUCCAGCUGUUAUGGGCUUAGGCGCAGCAGAGAUGCAGCCGAAUGCUUCAAUGAUUUCAGCUUACCACCAACAAAGUGGUCUAUCUAUGAUGAGUGGUUCAAAUGUUCACAACUCGCUGUUUAUGGGACAGACUAAUAAUUCGAUGCAAGGUACAAAUGAGAUGCAUAGGGCGCGCGCGGAGAUGUAUCAAACAGGGCAACAACAAGCAGCAUAUGGUUCUAUGUACAUGAUGCAAACAAGUAAUGGCCCACCUCCUCAAAAUAAUAUGAACGUUCUUGACCAGUGGUACUAUGAAGACCCUCAGUACAAUGUGCAUGGUCCAUUCUCAUCCAAGGACAUGUACAAUUGGUAUAAAGCAGGCUUUUUCAAUUCUAACUUGAUGAUUCGUCGAGCCUGUGAUGUAAACAUGCGUCGACUUGGCUCUUACGGCCCCAUGGCCUUUGGUGCCCCUAUUGAUCUGCUGCCUCCAUACCCGGGGCCUGGUGGUUAUGAUCGCCGUCCUCAGGCACCUCAUGAUUUACUCAAUCAAAAGGGACUCGGAUUAGAGGAAAGUUUAUGGCGUCAGAGUGGUCAAUCUCCUGAGAUGCUGUGGAUGGCUCAGUCUGUCGAUGCCACUAACGAGUCUCGCGUUAAUAACUUGCCAAUGCAUUUCUGGGACACGGAGCCCUCGGCCUUAACCUCUAAAUCUAUAUUACCCGAGAAAAUAGACAAGGAUGUGAAAUGUGAAGAUCAAGUGCCUGUACAGUUAAUGCCGUUAGUAAACAAUCAAUCCUCUGUUUCAACUACAAGCAGUGACUCACAGUCAGAAGUUUUCCCCCUCAUAAAUGAGAGGACGACACCCAACUUGGAGGAAAUCCAAAAUCUGUUACAAAUAAAAUGGCUUGUAACUGUAGCGUCUUCCUCCAGUAAAAGUACAGAGGAAAACGAGGAACUAGAGGUCAAGGGUGAUCAAGUUUCAAAAGAGGAGGAACCGUCCACUGAUAGUAGUAACGGCAAGCCAGAGUCGCAAAAUAAUAGCAAACCGUCGGUCGAGACGAAAGUAGUGAAGACAAAUAAACCAGAGAAUGACAAAUCUGUAAAGGGGAAGACUACAAAGAGUAAGAAUAAAAAGACAAAAGUGGGAAAAAAGGAAGAAGUGGCUGAAACGAAAGUCAAAGAAGAAGCUGUUAAAUCCGAGAUAAAAAAAUCGGAUGAGACCUCGCUGCCUAAAAACAAAAAAGAAGAGAAACUAAGCAGAAAAGAAGUAGAAAAGGAAGGAAAGGAUGUUAAAGAGGGGACAAAAGAAGAAGUGAAAGGGUCCGAUAAGGGGGUUUCUAAGGAUUCCAAGAAAAAAGAAAAUGCCAAAGUUUCUGAUGGUGUAGAUUGCAAUAGGAAAGAAAUUGCCGCCGACGAGAAAAAGGGGAAAAAGAGUACCGAAAAAACGACCAAUGACAAAAAACAGCAGCCUGAAACCCAGCUGGCAGUCGAAACUGUGCAAUCAGCUAAAAAGACCCCGUGGUCGGAUGCGGUCUCUGCGCAGGCGCAAUCUGCUAACAACUACAACAUGACCUUGAGCAAUAUACAGCGUCUCGAGCGGGAGAAGAAAAUGGAAGAAAUUAAAAUGCAGCAACGAAUGAUCCAAAUUAUUGCGUCACAACAGGCCGAGACUCUCGCAAGGGAAAAGAUAAUGCAAGCUCGCCUCCAUUGGGCUAAGACGGGGCCCUCUUCAAUUGUGGCUCCGCAAAUCACCGACAUACAGGCUGAGGCUCGCAUGCAAGCAGCGGCGGAGUCAUCGGCUGCUGCGAUGGCCCAGGCCUUGGACGAUCCUGAAAUACUUCUCCCUCCCAUUCCUAACACACCGUGGGUCACAUCCGGCAAAAGCGAUCCCCCUGGCCCAAUCGGUUUCUGGGAUGCACAGUCUAAAAACGGAAAGGCGACUGAUAAACCACAAGAGUCACAGAAAGUUGAAGAGACUAACCCACCUACCAAGAAAAAGGCUGCCACUCCAGUUAACACACAAAAGGAGGUGUCGCCAGCUGUCCUAGAAUUCGAUUCCUGGUGUAAAAAUGUCCUAAUGGUGUGGGACAAAACCAUAGAUGUAACGACAUUCGUCAGCUUUCUCAAAGACAUCGAGUCACCGUACGAUGUUAAAGAUUAUGUCAAAUUUUAUUUGGGAGAGUCAAAAGACGCCAAUGAUUUUGCUCGUCAGUUUUUGGAGAAAAGGUCUAAGUUACUUCGUGUGGGCAUGGUGACACCUUCCGAUGAUCUUUGCUCCCCGGCAAUAGCAAUUAACCCACGUAUGUCGCUGAAUUCGGGUUACCAGGAAGUAAAAGGUAAGGGUAAAAAGGCGAAAAAGAACAAGAUGCUGAAAGUGGAUUCGCGGAUUCUCGGCUUUUCUGUAACGGCUUCUGAGGACCGGAUCAAUGUUGGUGAUAUUGAUACUGCCUAAAUGACUAUUGUGUUCAAAUUGUUCUACAACCCAAGCUUUGAACAGAAACUGAUGUAAACACGAUGGAUUAAUUUAUACAUUUUUUUUAAUAAUUUUAAUUUUGACUAAGAUGAAUGUUUCGGUACACAGCGUUUUAGUGCAGCAUCUUCCUUCUGCAUUCCUUUACGUACUGCUGUGUAACGACUGGUUCAUCUUUUAAAGAUAAAGUUCAUGCAUUACAACGAUAUUAUUUUAUGUUUAGAUUUUAACUAUAUUUUUAUUCAAGCAAUUAAUUUAUAUUUUUUAAUA